CGCGGGGGCUGGGUGCGUGAUCAGCGCGUUCGUUUUAACUUCCGCACACUAAUAUGAACAGGACGAGCAGCUUAAGACAGUAAACUACUGUAAAUCUUUGACGUGAGAGUUGGACAAAAUGUCAGAUUCAGACUCUGACUCUGACUAUGGUGGUGACUGGGAAGACUACAGACAGCGGAGAAAUGAUCCGAUGGUUGCCUUCCAUCCACCAGAGGAGGUUUUUGAUCAAUGGGGCCGUAUCCCCGUCGAUACCAAAAAAGAAGCUGGACAGCGGAUGAAAAUUUGUGCCUUCUGGCUUCCCACUCUGCUGCAGCGUGACGAGUCCAGCCCUACCACUUCCUGGGCUUUACAAAUAGGUCUGAUCGACCCUGUGCACACAGAAGUAAUAAGUCUGAAGCACCUGCACAGGAUAGACAUAUUGGAAGCAAUCUUCAGAGCUUUGGAGAAAGGAAGUUUGAAAAGGGACCAAACAAAACAUGUUUUCUGGAUAAGCAACAUGUUUAACAUGCGUACCGCAGAGGUUUUGGAGGAUGCAUUACUCUGGUUGGAGCGAACAGAGGAACCUGCUAUUCGCCAUCGCGUCCUAGAGCUUGGCCAUGCACACACCUGCUUCACAGCCCUGCACCUUAUCUUCACCCAGUUUGCUAAGUACAUCCAGGACAUGGGAAGCAACUUUGAUAAGACAAUGAAGGCGCUGAUGGCUCGGCCAUCCGACUGUCAAGUAGCGAAAAGUGAAGAAAUGAAGAAGAAAGGAAAUGAGAACUUUCAGAAACAGCAGUAUGAAGAUGCUGUGAAGUUUUAUUCCCAAGCCAUCAAAUAUUACCCUGACAAUCACAUAAUUUAUGGAAACAGAGCCUUGUGCUAUAUCCGAUGUAAGAAAUUUCUAAAAGCAGUUGGUGAUGGAAAACGUGCCACCCUGAUUAAACCACUGUGGGCAAAGGGCCAUUAUCGCUACUGCGAGGCUUUGUUUUCCUUGGGUGAGGUCAGAAUGGCUCUUGAAGCCAACAGUUCAGCCCAGACUCUGUGUAAGGAUGACCACGAGGGAAUCAAAGACCUAGAACAACAACAUCUCAAAUUCAUCACUGAAAUGGAAGAACGCAAAGCUGGACAUCCAAAGAGUAAGCAUAAAAGACCUGGCAGCACUAACCGAGCAGAUGCAGCAGAGUCACGACAACAGCCUGUAAAAUCUUUUCGGGUUGGUGCGGUAACAAGCAAAGCUCCACAGAACAAGGUUUCUGAGGUUAAAACGGACAAGCAACCAGGUAAAAAUGAACAGACCGCACAGGUGAAAGGCAAUGCUAAAGACUCUAAACCCUCAAAGAGUGAGUUGUCGUCAAAGAUCAGAAAAGAAGAGUCCAGCACUGCAGCAAAGAAGAAAUCAAAGGACAAAAAUGGACAGUCUGAAGUUGAGAACCAGAAAGAGGCCAACAGUAAAGCAAGUGUGGUCAAAGAGUUGAGAUCCAUGGUACAGGACGCCCAUACUGCUCUGGCUGACCUCCGCAGCCGCAACGCAGAGCAGGCCUUCAGCCAGGCACUGGCCAUACUGGAAACCAGCUCACCCAAGGAACUUGGACUUUCCACAGUGGAUCAACUGUUGCUACUGUAUGGCCGUGCAACCGCCCUGACAGAAAUCGGCCAACCUGAGGAACUUGCAGAAGCACAAAAACUCAUGAAGAAGAUCAAAUCAUUUGAGGAGAGGACCUUUCAGUGUCUGGUUUACUACGCCAUCGGGAGGGUGUAUCUCAAAGAGAACAGGUUUGCACUUGCUCUGCAGCAGUUUUCAGAUUCCCUCCAGAUGGUCAAGAAUCAAAUAACACCCGGUAAACUCACUUGGCCUUUAACAAGAGAGAUCGUCAAAGAAACACAACCAGACUAUUUCAAGGAAAUUCUGGAGAGUGCUAUAGAGUUGUGCAAAUUUCCUCCUAUUCCUGACGCCAUUUGUCGACAUGAGAAAUGCCAUGGCCACUUGAAAAGUGAAAUCUACUUCACUGACCCAGAUUUUAAGGGCUUCAUUCAAAUAAGCUGCUGUCAGAGCUGCACUGUUGAAUACCACAUCACCUGUUGGAAGACCCUCAAGACAUCAACCUUCUUUGAAAAGAACGAAAAGGAUUUCCUGCAAGAACCAUGUUUGACUCCAGACUGCGUCGGCCAGGUCUGUAGUAUCAAAAUCUUUGGUCCAACAGGCCUGGUGAAAUGUAAGUUUGAAGCUACCAUUCCCAAACCGCAGACUUCUAAGAAGCCAAAAGUGAAUCAGAGGUGUACAAGUCUGAAGAAAUUAAAGUCAAAGGAAGAGCGCAAGCUCAAGAGGAAGCAGCAUAAGCAGUCAUUUCAAGAUAAGCAGACGCUCAACGAUGAGAUUCUGCAGAAGAAAGAAGACUCUGCAUCUCAGAGUCAACAGAAAGUCUGGUUGCUGUACCGAGAUCGAGUUCUGCUGCAGAUCAGCCAGAACUUGGAGCUUCUGAGAGAGGAGAAGGGCCUCCAGGUGUCGGCCCUGGCCAGCACCUUGAAGCCCUGGCUGGAGCUGGACUCAUCGAGGGGGAACCAGAUAGCUGCGAGGAUGCUGAACUGGCAGCAGGAGUCGCUGGAGACGCUUGGUCAGGCUGUUGAGCUCCUACUGGAGAGGAAGAACCGGGUUUGGGCUCGUGUCCUGAUCGAACUGCUCAGUAGCUGUCUGGACGUAAACCCCAAACUCAACAGCUGGGCGUGUCGGCUCAACAAUGCAGGCCUGAACGCUGCUAAAUCCUUCAUUGAGCGCUACGCAGGACGCUUGGAGCAGCUGGACCUGGCUCUUCUUCUCAACUUUGGCCCAUUGCAGGAGAUGAUUAUAUCAAAGCUUGGUACAAGGCCGGAGGUUUUUUCAAGCAUUGGCUUGACAGUGACUGAAUACCUAAAACAGGCACCGCUACAUGACAUGAGACUCUUUAUCUGGACUCUGGAGGAGCAUAGAGAUGAGUAUGUCUCCUGCCACACUAUUCUGGAUGAGUAUUUUGAUAUGAUGGAUGGACAUUGUUCAGUCUUAAAAAAGUCUGAUGACAAUGAAAAUAAUUCUCCUAUGAAGACUAAGAAUCGAGGCCGGAAAAAGAAACAGAGAGAACCAAAGGGUGUUAUUGUUUUGUCUGGGAGGAGAGGUGUAACUCCAAGGGACGAGUGGGACCAAGACUUUUUUGAAGAUGACUCUUUAUCAUUCCUUCACCCCGCUGAGCCAUUCAGUGUACCCGGUCACCUUCGAGAGCAACUCGCCGAUUUUGAGAACCAGUUCCACGGCACCAGAAACAGAGGUCACUUUAAAAAGAUUUUGGACAACCACCCUGACCCAACGAAAGAGAGCUUGUAUGACUACUUUGCCCAGAUCUUGGAGGAGCAUGGUCCCCUGGUUGCUGAGGACCCCCUGCUGGUGGGUGAGCUGGAAAAUUUCCCACCCAUGGCUCAGCUGAAGAUCCAAGAAGCAGGCGGUUUUGAGUCCUUCCUCCUGGAGUCCCUUCGCUUCAUAAAGAUGGGGAGGUGCAUCGGCCUGGCUAAACAUGCCGUCAGCCUGCAGCAGGCUGGACAUGGAGCCAGCCUAGAUGACCUUGAUGUCAUAGUGGAUCCUGACACAGACUCUCCAUCUACUGAUUUGCAUGAAUCUGGUUUCCCCAACUAUCUGGACAAUUUUUCAUGUGCACAGAAUGAAAUCUAUCCCAUCCUCCCAAAUCCUUAUGCAUAUGCUUUCCAGCCAGAUAGUGGACUUACCACCUCUGUAGGCAGUAUCACAGUGAAUGAUCCCUUCACCCACUGGAGUAACGGUGAUGAUCAACAGGAGUCGCCUUACUUUUUCAGUAAUGACAACUGGGAUUUGGAUCUAAAUGUCAGUGAGCCUGAUGUCGGAGCUUGGGAAAUGGAUCCGUCUUCAGGUGGAGUCGCUUCAUUGACGACUGAGGAAAGCGUUUUGAAGAAACAUGCAGAAGUUCAGACAUGUCCGGAGCCCAUGAGCAGUGUCACUGUGAAUACAGAGCUUCAUGAGCGUUUUGAGAGCUGCCAGGGUGACAUGAUCAAAAAGGAAAAGAGCAACAGGAUGUUGGAGCAGCAGAUCGAGGAAAUGGUGGACGGCUGUGACAAAGUCAACAUAAAGCACAAAGAAGACAUUGCCUCCCUGGAGGAAGACAUACAGAAGAUCAAUGCCAACAUACAAGUGACCAACAAAGAGCUGACACUGUUCCAGCAGAAGCUGGAAGAGGAGGUGAAGAAAGACCAGAAGGAGAAGAAAGCCAACCAGGAAGCGCUGAAGUCCCUCAAGCUGGAGAUCGAACAGCUGGCGGAGGAACAUGGGAGUUUGACCCGAAACAUCCAAGAGAAGAAAGCCAGCUUUGAGGCAAAGUUGCAGGAUUUCCUGGAGCUGGGCAACCAGUCAGCCGCUGAGAAGAUGAGUCUGGAAGAUGAGAUCAAGCGCUGUAAAGCCUUGUUUACCUCGGCUAAGAGGAGGUCCCACAUAGCUCAGUUGUCCUUAGUGGAGAGCAGCCGGGAUCAGGGUUUAUCCGGCCUCUACAAAGAGCUGACCGACGCCAAGGCUUUGCUGAGCAAACUGGAUGAAGCAGUACACAGAUACCCAAACCAAGACCUGGAAACCACCAGAAACAGCUGGAGAACCAAUGUCCAAGAAAUAGAAAAUAAAAUCUCUGCUGCUGAGGCACAGUACCAGGAGCAGAUCGAUCAAGCAAAGAACGGCAGAAGAGUCAGUGAGUUGCCUCCAGUCAGCAUCAACAACCAGGCUGAGCCUCCAGCACAACAGCAGCUCUCUGCAGCAGCCAAAGAGUUUACUUCUCAGUCUUCAGCCCAGGCGUCGCACAGCAGCCCCCCGCCCAUCCAGCAGGCUGCGGCCCCGUCUGCAGCUGAGGUGCUGGCCGGUCCGGCUCAGACACUGCACAAACCUCCAGGCAGGACACUGGAGCCUCCGCACAUCACCGUGUUUGAGAAAGCCAUGGAGCGCCUGUCCACCAUUUUCCCCGACUAUACAAGGUUAGACUUGAUGAAGUUUGUUCAGGAGUUCCGUUCAUGCAGCGGUGGAACCCUCAACAACAUGGCGUUGCAGGAUGUGGUUGGUGGAGUGACCCAGCUGAUCCUGGACCAUCAGGAGAAGCUUGAUUCCGUCAAAUCCAGCAUUGUGGGACGUGGGAGUCCAGCUCAGUGUGCUACUCCGCCUUUGGUAACCCCAGCGCCCGUCUGGCAGCCAGUCGGAUCCCACAGAGCCACACAUUCCAGUGCACUCAACGUGGAGGAUCCCUGCAUCAUCUGUCAUGAUGACAUGAGUCCAGACGACAUCUGCGUGCUGGAGUGCAGACACAGCUUCCACAAAGAGUGCAUCACGCCGUGGCUGAAGGAGCGGAGCACCUGUCCCACCUGCAGAGAUCACGCCUUGCUGCCUGAAGAUUUCCCUGUGCUGCCUGGCAGGAGACGCCAAGCCCCAUAAUGUCUUAACCCUGGUCAGCCUUCACUACCUAAAUGUUCGCUUUUAUGUUUAUUAUGUUAUUUUACGAAUCACUUCAUUAAAAUCUAAAAACGCGAUUCAUGUUUUUAUAUUAUCAAAAUUUUGAUGGGAGACACCACAUCACACACUUUAAAGAAAUAAAACUGUUGUGUGUUCGAA